CGGUCACGUGAUAGAGGGUUGACGUCAUCUCUUGCCGAACUGGAGAGAACGCUUACCUUUUGAAACAACAUGGCUACUCCUCAAACCAUGUUAUUGUCUUCUAUUCAUUUCCACUUAACUUUAAUCUUAUUUAUUUAUACAUUAGAAGUUUUAAACAUAAAAAAUAUUUACUCGUCACCCCUGGCUUAAGUUUUACAAUGAGACUACACCCGGAACAAAUAUUUAUUCGACUGUGGUUCCUUGUCGACCUCUUUAAACCGUAGGACUCGUGUUUGUUUUGUCUUCAUUACUUCCGUCCUUUGGGUUUCUCUUCUUGUUUUAACUCUAUUUUUUCUACUUUGCAUAUUCCUGCCUCAUCUUUUAAACACAAGAAUUACUUUUUAUUCAUUCAUUUUAUUCGUAAUGUUUGUACAAUAUGGCCGAGGACGAACUCGCUGCGUUCAGAGACAGCUGGAAACGUGAGCUCUCCAGUCAAAAAGACGAUUUUGUCCCUUCCUCCGCUUCCAGAAGUGAUCCUAGCCUUUCGGGUCAGGGUCCCUCCAAAGAAGUCCGCUAUGAGGACUCAAGUAACUCAAACAGGGAGACAAGUAAGUCAGACGAGAAGAGUGGGAGAUGUUUAGACGUGGACGACGGGGAGCCCGGCUAUGUGUCCAUUGCCAGGAGUUUGCUGGACGGGAGGACAAGCCCCAUUUUGGACAGACUCCAGAAGGAAAGGAGCAGGAGGAAGAGGCAGUACCGGAAUGUGACUGAAUCAUGCAGCGAGUCACUGAAGCAUCCUCAGAGGAAAGUCAAGAAAGAUGAGCAGUUGGUGGAUCAACUCAUUCAAGAUCUGAAUGAGGCCAACGACAUUCCUUUCUUUGACAUUGAGCUGCCGUAUGAGUUGGCCUUGAAGAUAUUCCAGUAUCUCAACUGUGCUGAACUUGGCCGCUGUGCCCAGGUGAGCAGGGCGUGGAGAGUCCUGGCCGAGGACAGCGUCCUGUGGUUCAGGAUGUGCGCCAGGGAGGCCUAUCACCAAGGUGCCAUUGUGUCUGACUCCCCCUGCUGGAAGAGCACGCUGAGAGACUGCAGGAACGCCGCCAAAACUGUGCGCUCCAACUGGAAGAAUCGUGUUGGAUCCAUUAGUCAGCUGCAGUUCGAGCUGGGCAAGGUCCUGUGUGAUGUCAGCUCCUGUGACGGCUACGUCUUGGCAGGCUACUCUUCUGGUGACGUGAGGCUGUGGGACACGCUACAUUGGGACCUGCCGUCAUCCUACCUUAAGUCCAACCGACUGUCCGCGCACUCCGAGCCCAGACCUCACGUUGCUCACGUCCAGGUCAGCGACAACGUGGCGGCCGCCGCCUACCACGAUGGUUGCGUGGAUGUGUGGAGCACACAGACGGGCGGAGAGCCCAUUUACCACUACCAGACGGCAGAGAGGAACCGGGUCUUGGCCUUGAGCCCAGAUGGUUCUACCCUGGCUUCCGCGGGGGGGUCGGAGGUCCGACUGGACGGCGCUGAUGAUCACGGCUUGUGGAGGACGCUCGGCCUGACUCUGCUUCCCAAGACUGUGGAGAGCUUGGUGUUGGUGCCCAGCAGGGGGCAGCGGUGCAAGGUUGCCGCCGUAGCAGCUGCAGAGUCUGUGUAUCUGUUGGACCUCCUGGAGACGGUGGAGGAUGAGGAGGAGCUAAGGGCGCUUCACUCAGUCUACGGACAUCCUGUUACGUGUCUGGAUGCGUCCGACUCCCACGUCGCCUUCGGGGUGAAGCGCACCGGCUGGGCUAUGCACGACGGAGGCAAUAAGAUCCACGUCUACAGCUCGGAGACGGGCAAGCCGGUGGCGUGCAUCGGCAACUCGCCCGGCGAUUUCACCUGCAUCAACUUGCGAGACGGCCCCGCCCACCUGCUGGCGUGCGGCAACAAAGACAGGAGGGUGAGGGUGUUCGACCUCAGAACGGGCUCCUCUGUGGCGUCGCUGUACGCUCACCACCUUGGCGUCACCUCAGUGCAACUGGACGACUGGAAGAUGGUCAGCGGCGGCGGUGAGGGGCUGGUAUGCGUUUGGGAGAUGAGGAUGGCAACAAAACUCUGGGAGAUGCACAACAGACAUCCGGUGAGGCAUGUGCGGUUCAACACCAGCACUCUGCUCACUGCCAACAUCCCGGAUGAUAAGACGCCAAGGGGGGCGUGCAUCACCGACGACGACCUCACGGCGCACCGCAGGCACAGAGGAGUCAUCUGCCAUUACGACUUCGCCGAGGACGCCGGCGCUCAGGAGCAGCGCAUCCUGCCCAUCUGCAGGUCCGACUACACGGAAUCUCACGGCUACAACUACAACAUCGGCCUCACCGUGCCCUACGACCGACUGAGGCCUCCUUCAAGAGGUGGCUUUCCGGCAGCGCAUGGUGGUGGUGUCCACGUCCAAAAAGCGAAUGUGCAUCCUCGACUCCAUCUCCAGACCUUUUAGGAUCUGUGAGGCGGACCAAGAACCAUCAGGAGAAAUGAUGAAAAACCAAUGUGACGUUUCAAUGCUAACCUGUUCAAAAUGCUCAAAUGUAAUCCCUUCAUAGAAGUCAUCCGGCGCCUGGGAAAAAAAAAAAUGGAGACGACUACAUGAGUGAGUUGACACUGUUACUGACAGUUGAUCUUUGCUUAUGAAUGAUUUUUGGCUUUUUUCAUGAAGAAAAAAACCCCAGGCUUCGCUACACAUCAUCAACGGUGUGUCACUUAGCAAACUUAACAUUUGUUUUUUUUUUCUUCAGGCUAGCCUAGCAUGACGUCGUUGCACGUUACCAUGUGCGGCACGUUGGUGCUCGCCACUUCCAACAUGGCGGCGUCCGCGAUGGCCCUGGCAGCUUCCUGUCCCAUGCUGCCGCUUUUUGACAGCAGCUCCUCCACCACCUCGGAGAAAAAAAACGACAAGAGGUUUGGAUUUAUUUUGAAGGCUGAGGGCGUUAAAAUGUACGUAUUUUUCUUAUGAUUCUGUACAAAAUGUAUGAUUCCAACGUUAUUUGGCUACGGAGCCAUCUACCCCGUACCAGUCCAAAGUUUGGCAACACUUUCACCUCCAAUAGUGUAACAAAUGUCAUCCUUUACAAACAUAAUCCCAAAUACACAUACAUAAAUACAUCAAAAAUAAUAGUAAAAUAGUAAAGCAAUGACAAAAUAAUUUGCGUCAUAAUUCCAAAUAAAAAUCAAAUGAAUUAAAAAUAAUAAAAGCAAUACCUGUACCUAAAAAAAAUUAAAAAUAGUAAUAGUAAAAUAGUAAAAUUAUAACAAUUAAAAAAAAUUUUGUUGUGUCCUUUAACCCCCCCCAAAAAAUACAUGAAAGUAAUACAAUAAAAAAAAUAGUAAUAAUUCUAAUUCCCGACAAAUAAAAAUAAAUAAAUUUAUUUUAAAAUAAACACAUAAUAGCAAAAUAAAUAAGAAAAAAAAUUACAAAUACCAAAAAAGGUAACAAUAAUAAAAUAUUUCUCAUUUCCUAUAAUCUCAAAUAAAAAUGAAAUGCAUUAAAAAAAUUAAUAAAAAUAGUUCUCGCCCUUUCCCGACAAUUACAAAUAAAAAUACACUAAAAUAAGUACAUUUAAUUUGGUAAAAUAAAAAAUAGCAAUAGAAAUGAAAGAAAAAAUAAUAGUAAAAUAAAUAGUCAUAAUAAAAAAUGAUUCUCAUCCUUUCCAGGCAUAAUCGCAAAUAAAAUAAACACAUUAAACAUAAAAUAGUCAUAAUAAAUAAUGAAAUAAUUAUUAUCCUUUCCCAACAUAGUCCCAAAAAAUAAAUAGUAGGAGUAAUAAUGAAAUUGUCAUCCUUUUGCAACAUAAUCCCAAAUAAAAAUACAAUUAAAAUAAAAUUCAUACAUAUUCAUACAUAAUUCAUAACUAAAGUAGAUACAUAAAAAACUAAUAGUAGUUGUCUAAAAAAAUAAAAAUGAAUAAUGACGACAAUGAUGAAGAUAAUAAUCACACUAAUCAUAAUCAUAAUAAUCAAAGUCGUAAACCCAAAGAUGAAAAGUCAUCCCUGACGGUUCCCGUCUUACCUUCCUGUACUCGGCGAGCGUGAUGGUGCCAUCGCUGUCGGUGUCGUGCAUGUUGAACAAGACUGCGGCAAAGAGGAAGUUAGAAAGACUCCUUCAACAAACGCUUCAACACAGGCAACCAUUCGUCUGCCAUUUUUAAUUGAUGCUGGAAAAGAUCAUCUAUUUGGAAGACCUCAACCCCCCUCCUAAAAGAGAAAGCCACAGCAUAAAGGACAUCCGUGGGGGAAUUUGGGUCACGGAGACGCGGCCUCAAAUGAUUCCGAGCUUGCGACAGCGACACUUCUAUUCUUGAAAACACGCGGCAGGGAAUCUGUGCGACUUGUCAGCGCCGAAAUAAAAGCUCAAGGUGAUACGACACUCCCACUUUAGCAAAUAUCUCGUCCGGCAGGACCCCUCUGCUGUUUUUAAGAACGUUUAAAAACAGUAGUCAAAGAUUCUCUAUACGGCAGGACCCCUCUGCUGUUUUUAAGAACCUUUAAAAACAGCAGUCAAAGAUCCUCUAUACGACAGGACCCCUCUGCUGUUUUUAAGAACCUUUAGAAACAGUAGUCAAAGAUCCUCUAUAUGACAGGACAAAUCUGCUGUUUUUAAGAACCUUUGAAAACAGCAGUCAAAGAUCCUCUAUAUGACAGGACGCCUCUGCUGUUUUUAAGAACCUUUAAAAACAAUAGUCAAAGAUCCUCUAUACGGCGGGACCCCUCUGCCGUUUUUAAGAACCUUUAAAAACAGUAGUCAAAGAUCCUCUAUACGGCAGGACCCCUCUGCUGUUUUUAAGAACCUUUAGAAACAGUAGUCAAAGAUCCUCUAUAUGGCAGGACCACUCUGCUGUUUUAAGAACGUUUAGAAACAGUAGUCAAAGAUCCUCUAGAUGGCAGGGCCACUCUGCUGUUUUUAAGAACCUUUAAAAACAGUCAAAGAUCCUCUAUAUGGCAGGACCCCUCUGCUGUUAUUAAGAACCUUUAAAAACAGUAGUCAAAGAUCCUCUAUAUGACAGGACACCUCUGCGGUUUUUAAGAACCUUUAGAAACAGUAGUCAAAGAUCCUCUAUAUGGCAGGACCACUCUGCUGUUUUUAAGAACGUUUAAAAACAGUAGUCAAAGAUCCUCUAUACGGCAGGACCCCUGUGCUGUUUUUAAGAACCUUUAAAAAUAGUAGUCAAAGAUCCUCUAUAUGGCAGGACCUCUCUGCUGUUUUUAAGAACGUUUAAAAACAGUAGUCAAAGAUCCUCUAUAUGACAGGACCACUUUGCUGUUUUUAAGAACCUUUAAAAAUAGUAGUCAAAGAUCCUCUAUAUGGCAGGACCACUCUGCUGUUUUUAAGAACGUUUAAAAACAGUAGUCAAAGAUCCU